CACCUAAUUUGACAUUUAACCACGUGUAGUUACUAGGACCGUCGGUUCGGGAGUGCUUUCUGUCAUAAUUCACUGCGUUUAAUUCUUAUUUUACUGAAAACAUUUGACAGCACCUACCAUGGUUAUCGUUGAAAAAAGCUUCCCUCGCGGAGGCACCAUUGUACCACGUUCAAAAACAGACGAAAUCGAAUUUGGUGCCCGGCAAGAAAAACGGAAGAAGGACAAAUCCAAGAAGAAAUCAAAGAAUGACGCGAGUACAGACAUUUCCGAGGAUAUCCAAGCCGUCUCUGCUGAGUUGCUCAGUCACAAGACCAUUCAGGAAGGGAUGAUCAUAAUGGGCUUAGUGAAAAGCGUAGAUCCGACAUUUCUUCAAAUUUCACUUCCUGGCCGAAUUGCUGGUCGUGUUCUGGCCUCAGGCAUAUCUGAAUCUUACAAUAAAGUGUUGCGUAAAUACGUAGAUAGCGAGCUAAGCAAUCCAGAUGAAUUCAAACCUUUGCCUGAACUCUUCCAUGUUGGGCAAGUUCUCUACACGAAAGUCAUGGAAAUUUCGAACACAGAACAUGGACGAAUCCACAUUAACCUGUCGCUGAAGCCCGAAGAUGUGCAUUCAAAUUUCAACCAUCAGCAACUGCGAAAGGGGCAAAUGUUUUGCGGCGCGGUCGAAGAAGUGCACGAUCAUGGUUACGUUAUCGAAAGCGGAAUCAAGAAUCUCCGUUGUUUUUUGCCCUAUGACAGCAGUGAGAAGGGCCUCAAUGUGGGCCAACUGGUUUUCAUGAGGAUCGAGAAGAUCACACAAACCCCAGCUGCAAGUACUGCUGUUUGCAGAUCAUUGUCUGGCGGAAAUCGGAAAGUGAAAGAUUUAGCUGAUCCGAAUUUGGAUUACAUUUUGCCUUCAGUUACAGUCAAUUUCACGAUAACAAAAGCACUGAAGGAUGGACUGCAAGGAACUAUCAUGAACGGAGCGUUCACGGCUUAUGUGAACGAACAUCAACUCGAGAAUCCACUGCACGUUCCGGCCGAUUACGAAGUAAAUUCAACAGUGAACGCUAGAGUUCUGUACGUCAUGCCUUUGUCGAAACUUGUUUAUCUUUCGCUGCGGACCAACCCUGUAAACGAGGAGGGAACUCAAUUGAAGCGCGGGACGAUUGUGGAUGAAGCAACUGUCCACCACACCGGAACAGGAGGGAUAAUCCUGGACUUAGAGGGAAAGGGAAAAGGCUUGAUUUCCUUCAAUUCCAUCAAGUCCAACUUCAUCGGAAACUACGAUCAAGAUGAGAUUUUCGCAAAAUACAAGAAGAAUUCCAAGCACAAGGUUCGUGUACUGGAGUAUGAUAUCAUCGACCAUUUGUACACUUGUUCCGAUAACCCGGGCAUCGUCAAUGAGAAGUUCUAUACAUUGGAGGACCUGAAGCCAGGUGAGUUUGUAACUGGAAUCAUAGAAAAGAAGGAUUCAAGUGGGGGCUACUUCGUGCGGGUCGGUAACGUCCGUGGUCUCAUUGAGAAGAUGUUUCUGGCUGCGACAGCUGGCAAUUUGCAGGAGAAUGCAAAAAUCCGUUGCAGAGUCACAUGGACCCACCCCGAGCGCAACAUUGUCUAUUUGACGAAUCGAAAUGAAUACAUGUCGAAAACGGCAAAACUCCUCAUGGAGGGCUCGGCUGUGAAAGCUAACCGGGUGUUCGUCGGAACCAUAGUGAAAAUACACGAAAAGUGCUACAUUGUUAGGUUUUUCGGUAAUAUCAAGGGAAUACUCUACAGAAAUCAAAUUUCCGGAUACAUGUCGAACGAAACGCUGUCGUUUUAUGUGGGCGCAACUAUGAGUUUCCGCAUUGUUUCGAAAGACGGAGAUAAGAUCGUGUUGGGUCUUGCCGAGGAGAUGCACAAAAUAGGCGAAGUGCAUGAAGCGACGAUUACGAACAUCAUUCAGAACGGUCUCGAAGUUGCCAUGGCGGGUGAAGGAGAUGAGCAAGUCAAAGGGCUGGUCCCGGUUCGUUUGCUCUCUGACUUUCAAGAGUUGGUUGCUGCUCACCUGAAGACGUACAGUUUGGACGAACAAGUGACCGUGGCUUGUGUUCUCAAAAACUUGUACAGCAUUCGUGAUGUGAGGGAAGUGCUCGAACAUCCCGUUAAGCACUGGAAAGAUGUUCGCCCGGGUGAUAUCUUCAAAGGUUGGGUGAAAAAUGUGGAAAAUGAAAUAAUAGAAGUUCUGCUUCCCAUUAGGAAUUUUGACAAGCUGGUGAAGGUUCAUUUGGAUAUGUUUCUGGAGCGCGCCGUCAACGAACCGAACAUUGUGCUUGUACCAGAUCAAACAGUCUAUGUUAAGGUGCUGAGUAAGGAGGUUAUGACGAAAACUCUUAAUGUCACCGCCAAGCUUACCGAGGUAUGGGACUGCGAACUAAAGAGCACGGGGCAGUGCUUUGCACAGUUUCUCGACGAAACCAAAAAGAUUAGGAAGCGUUUUAAGGCGCUGGGCAAGCCGAUAAGUGCAUACUCAAUUGGAGAUAAAGUAACGGGGACGAUAAGUAAUUAUAGUAAACUGGAAGGUGACUGGAUCGUAGAACUACCUGACAACGUUAAUGGAGUAAUAAAAGCUGCAGUAGGAGCUAACGACAAAAACAUGAAAGUUGGAAAAGAAGUUGAAUGCUCCAUUCUAUGGAUAGACUACUCAUUAGAGGUGCUCUAUUUGACUCACAGAACGUCCGAUAGUAACCACAUUUCCAAGGGUUUGAGCUUAGAUGCAAAAUACCGAGAUAAAGUAGGAAUCAAUGCUAAGAUUCUUCUGCAGACAAGUGAUUUUGCAAUUUGUUCGCUGAAAAAAGGACAGAAUCCACUUAUAUUCGUCCCAGCCAAGUUGCAUGUGAACGACUUCGAGAGUACAAUGGCCGCAAGUAUGAAAGAAGGGGAAUUUUGUCGGCUAGCAUUUAUCCAUGAUAAGUAUCCGAUUGCAGUGCUAGAAAACACCUGGAAGCUCUGGAAGCGAAUUGGAACUGCUAAACGGAAAAUUGGAUUGGAAGAAACCAAUACGGAGAAAGUUCCUGCGAAGAAACGUAAAGUGCUAAAAGAAACUGUUGAAGAGGACUCUCACGAAACUAUCACAGUACGCAAACGGAAUUACGUUUCAUUGCUGCAGAAUUCAGAGCCGGAAGCAAAUGGCAGAGAUGAUUUGAAUCUUUUCUUCAAGGAUACUGGAGCAAAUUCUGAAAAGGACACGAAAAAAACAUCAAAACGCACGAAUACUGUUGAUUUGCACAACAAAAAGUUACGCAAAGAAGAUACUACUGACGAAGAAGAACAUCGCACGAACAACAAAGCACCACACAAAAAGACAAAAGUUGAGUCGGAACGCCACCAAAAACCAGAGGAACGACCCAAACACAAAAAACCGCAAAUUCAUCCCGUCUUGCCUGGAGCAAAUGAUUUUUGGUCUACAGAUCUUACAGCUCUAGAUACAUCCACAAAAGCACAGUCGGAAAGCAGUGACGAAGAAAACGAACACGAGGAAACUAGUCCCAAAAAGAAGAAAAAACUAACAGCGGCAGAGAAGUUUAAAGCAGCCCGCGAGGAGGAAGCCCGUCUUCGUCAAAUCGAAGAAAACUACGCAAAUCCAAACAAGCAACCUGAAACUGCGGAUGAAUUCGAUCGUUUGGUCCUGGCAAAUCCAAACAGCAGCAUGACUUGGAUCAAUUACAUGGUUUUCCACCUUCAGGCAGCAGAGAUCGAUAAAGCGCGCUCCAUCGCUCGCAGAGCUCUAAAAUCCAUAUCAUUUCGAGAGGAGCAGGAAAUUAUCAAUGUUUGGGUUGCUCUACUCAAUCUAGAAUUACGUUAUGGCACGAAAGACACAUUUACGGAAAUUCUGAAAGAGUCUACACUUUGUAAUGAUUCAUUCAAAAUCUAUUCGCGAUGCUUACAAAUUUUGUCGGAUGCAAAGAAAGUUCAAGAGCUGAAUGAAUUGGUUCCGACGGUGACGAAGAAGUUUAAAGAAAAACCGGAAAUUUGGAAGUAUGCAGCCAACGCAUACUUUGAAGUAGGUUUAGUGGACAAAGCGAAACAGUUGCUGAAUCGAGCGCUUACUGCGUUACCGGAAAGAGAUCACAUCAACACAAUAGUCACAUUCGCAAACCUGAAUCACAAAUAUGACGACAAGGAAACGGCACACACAUUGUUAGAUCAAAUUGUCACAUCUUAUCCAAAGCGAGUGGAUGUCUGGUCACAGUAUGUUGAUAUGCUGAUAAAGGACAAUGACAUCGAAUCUGCUAGGAGAACUCUAGAACGUGCAGUUGCGCAAAAAAUACCAAUCAAGAAAAUGCGAACGUUAUUCAAAAAAUAUUUAGAGUUUGAAGAGAAAUUUGGAAAUGAGGAGACCGUGCAGAAUGUUAAAGACAUGGCGGCAAAUUAUGUUAAGAAUGAGAUUAGCUCGUAGACGUUAUGUAUGGAUGUUUCUAUUAAAUUACAUAUUAAGUAUUUAAA